AUGGAACACAAUUGCAGAGAUCGGCGAAAGAAGUGCUACCGCCGGCGCCAAGGAAUCAGUUGCAACUUCUGCGUUGCACGGGGCCUUGAUUGUGUCAGCGCGUUGGACCGCAUGUCCCCGUCCGAAAAGGAGGAUCGUGUCGAUGCCAGGCACACAAGCAAACAAGGAUACGAACCUCUAUGCAGUCGAGAGGACGCAAGUGCAAUCAGUAUUGACGCUGGCCUGUCUGCCGAGCUGGUCGACCUCUACUUCCGCUACAUCCAUGUCGCCUCCCACAACGUCUUCCACCGCCCGUCGUUUACGGCGGCCGUGCAGAAUGGAACUAUUCCCAAGAUCCUCUUCUUUGGAGCAGCCGCACUCUGUGCCCGCUUCUCCACUCACGCCAGCCUUGCGGACAUCGAUCCCCGGACACGUGGUCGUCCAUAUGCACAGGAGACGGAGCGGUUGCUUGAUCUCCAUGACUCUUCGUUGACUACGAUCCAGGCUUGCAUGUUGCUCGGCCACAUUUCCGCUGUGGAGGGAGAGCCAGCCACGGAGUCCGUUUUCUUUAGCAUUGCCUGUCGGAUGGCUCUGAUCUUGGACUUGCCCAAUGCCGCGGCGGCGACGCCCCUACAAAGGGAACUCAAUCUCCGAGUGUGGUGGUCCAUCGUAGCAACAGACACCUGGUCGUCCUCUGCACUCAAUAUACAACGGGCAAUCUCUCCACAAGGAGACGACACGACUAUCCCGAUGCCAAUGGAUGAACGGACCUUUAUCGGUCUGCAACCGGAUGAUGAAUACGAAGACACGGACGAAGACCAAAACGGAGCUGUGAGAUCUCUAAGCCAGCCCACCUCCAAAACACUACAACGGCCGCAUUUUCCCAAACACUCGUUGAUUGCCCAGAUGAUCAAGCUCAACCAAGUGCUCUACAGGAUUACAUGCAUGAACGCCGAUGUUGCAGCUGGUCGCAUGCAAGCUGUGGCCCUUGAACCAACCAUUAGUUCUCUCAGUGUCUGUCUCGACGACUGGUCUGGCUCACUCCCCCCGGACAUGCGCAACACCCCAGCCAAUCUGGCGUACUGGGCCAAACUAGGUUUUGGCCGCAUCUUUGUCAUCCUGCACCUCAAUUACAACUACGCUGCCCAGUUGCUCUUUUACCAGUUUCUGCACUGGAACCAGGAUGCGGAUGCAGACGGCGUGGAUGCCUAUUCCUCUCCCAGUACGACCACCGCGCCGCCCAUUGCGUUCGCCAGCCUUUAUGCCCAAAAAUGCACAAGUCACGCCGCCGCGCUCUGUGCACUUGUCUACAAUGCUCGUAGGCAUCCUGAUACGGACGUGUCAUAUUCACUCGUCGGCCACAUGCUUGUCAUUGCGUCGACUGUGCAGAUCUACACGCUACUCUUCAGCGCGGACGAGGAUGCCAUCGCCGCCGCGCGCGACCGCCUGGAGCGCAACUUUGAAAUCAUUACCACCCUGCGUCAGUAUUGGCCUUGCGUCGACGCUUCGUUGGGCCGGCUGCGUGCGUUCCAAAACGCAUGCUUGCGGUGCAAAGAGCAGUCGUUCCAGCUGGACCGGUGGAUGUUGCGAUUUGUGCUCGAUUAUGGGCAGGCCAUACAGAACAGAGAAGAGAUGGAUGUGACGGACGAAGAGGGGGGAAUUUUUCAUGCGGGAGAUUUGAAGAUUUGA